AUGAUUUUGCUGUUAUAUCUAAUAGAAGGAAAUGCCAUUAAUGAUUCUCAUGGGCUAAACAGUCAAUUCCAAUGCACAGUUGGUGCAGAUUACAAAAUACACGACUCUUUCUUUAAAGAUUUAGGAGAUCUCGCAAAGGAAUCAUCAACAAUAAUUGUUCAAGGAUCAAGCCAAUCAAAAUCUUAUGAUGUAUCAAUUUAUAAAUGCGUUUUCAUUACAUGUAAGUCAAAAAAUUGUGCAGCAAUGAAAAUUGAAGGAGAUUUUUCAAACUCUAUAUGUUUAAUUUGUUUAUCAAACUGUUCGUCAGGUGGCUAUGCUGCAACAAUAUAUACGAAUGUUAAUCCAAAGGUAGUACUAUCAUAUAUUACAGCUGAAUAUUGCACUUCACCUAAAAAGAAUCUUUACAUUUGUCAGAGUCAUGAUAUCAAAAAUAUAAACUACUCGUGUUGUUCUGUGACACAAGUUUAUCAUUAUCUUUCCUUGAAUUCUUGGUCAUCUGGAAUUUUCACUCCUGAACGAACUCAAGAAAGAAGUAAUUUGUCAUUCAGUAAUUUCUAUAAAUGCAAAUCACAAUGUUCAAUUUAUUAUGCAAAUGAGCCAAACAGUACUUUGAAUUUGAAAGCAAUCAAUUUUAUUAAUAAUACUAUUUUUGAUUGUGGAAUAAUAUAUGCUGAUAAUCCUAAAUCAGAUAAUCUUAAUAUGGAUAUAUUCAAUUGCAUUUUUCAAGAAAAUCAAUAUGAUGAUAAACCAAUUUUUCAAAAAAGAUUAAGUCAAUCUUAUAGAUUCUAUUUAUGGGAAAAUAACUACAUUGAUCAUAAGACUGACAACUAUAUAAUUAACAAAACAGAAUAUUUUACUACAUUUACAGUUCCGCCCAUCUUUCAAUUCUAUAUGACCGCAAAAUGUAAUGUUGUAAAGCCAUAUGGAAAAAAAUUGAAAGAGAGCAAUGUUGAUUUCUAUGUGAAUUCAAUAGAAAAUGCCGAAAUUUUGAUGUUAUUUUCUUGUCUCUCAAAAUGA